UCAAUUUUUAAGUUGAUGGACAUUUGACUGUUAUGAAUAAUGUUAUUGUGGCCAGUUUUUUUUUUUUUUAAAGUGAUUCACUUAUUUAUUUGGAAGAAAGAGUGACAUAGAGAGAGGAAGAGACAGGGAGAGAUUAUGCACCUUCUGGUUUACUCCCCAGAUGCCUACAAUGGUCAGGGCUGGGUCAGGCUGAAGCCAGGAGCCAGGCAUUCCAUUCUGGUCUUCCUACUCUUCCAGGCACAUUAACAGGGAGCUGGAUCUGAAGAAGAGCAUUCAGGACUUAAACUGUUGGCAUUCUGAUAUGGGAUCCCUUUUCCUCAAGCAACAGUUUAACCACUGUGCCACAACACUGGCCCUGCUGUGAAUAUUUUUAUACAAGGUUUUGUGUGGACAUAUGUUUUUAUGUUCCUUGAUGCAGAUCUAGGAGUGGAAAUGGCUGGGUCAUAGAGUAAUUGUAUGUUUAAUCUUUGAGGAACUCUCACACUCUUUUUCAAAGCAGUUCCACCAUUUUACAUUCCCGUCGCCAAGGUAUGAUUUCUCCACAUCCACAUCCUUCCCAGUAUUUGUUAAUCUUUGUCUUUUUUAUUCCAGACACCCCAGUGAGUAUGAAAUGGUUUCUCAUUGUGAUUUUAAUUUCCAUCUUCCCAAUAACUAGUGAUGUUGAACACCUUUUCAUGUGCUUAUUGGCCAUUUCUGUAAUUUCUUCAGAUAAUUUUCUAUGUAGAUUCAUUGCCAAUUUAAAGUAGGGCUAGUUUUGUUUUUACUGUUGAGUUUUUAAGAGUUCUUUAUAUAUUCAGGAUUUUAGACAGAUCCUUCUCAUAUAUUUGAUAUGUAAAUAUGUUUUCCCAUUCUGUCCAUUGUCUUUUUAUGUACUUGAUAUUCAAAUGUUCCUAACUUUGAUAUAGUCAAAUUUAUCUAUUUUUUUCUUUUGUCACUCAUGCUUUUUGUGUCAAUUAAGAAAAUACUGCCUAAUCCAAGGUCACAAAAAUUUCAACUCUGUGUUCAUCUAAGAAAUUUUAGAGGUUUAGUGCUUGUAAUUUAGAUCUCUGAUAAAUUUUGAGUUAUCUUUGUGUAUGGUGUGAGUUAGGGGUUCAACUUCAUUCUUUUGCAUACGUACAUGCAUGUAUCCAUGCACCAUAUGUUGAAAAGAAUUUUCUUUCCUCUUUGAAAUAUCUUGGCACCCUGGCUGAAAAGCAGUUGGCCCUAGAUAUAAAUAUUUAUUUAUAGACUUUCAAUUCUAUUCUACUGACCAAUGUAUGAGUCUAUCAUUGUACCUGUCUUGAUUACUGUAGCUUUGUACUAAAAUUUUAAAAUCAGGAAGUGUAAAUUUUCUAAAUUUGUUCUUGUUUUUCAGGAUUGCUUUGGCUAUUAUGAGUCCUUGGCAUAUCCCUAUGAAUUUUAUGAUUAGCUUGUCAAUUUCUGUGUAACAAGCCAUCUGGGAUUUUGCUAGGGAUUGCAUUGAAUAUGUAGACCAAUUUAGGAGGUAUCUGAAACUCAUUUGUAUAGUUGUGUGAAUUGAGGUUUUCUCAACUAUGGAGUAUUCACGUUUAGGAUAGUUGGGAAUUAUUUACUGUAAUGAAUAUUUGAACUUUCCUAUUAAUGUUCAUACCAUAUGGUUAUUCAUCUUUAGUUUGUCCUGAUUUAGAAGAAUAAUUGCAAUUUAUUAAUUCAUUCCUUUUGGGAGAAUUAUUCCAGAGAUGCUGCUAACGGCUUAAGAGGCAAGGAAGUAUCAAUCAGAGCUCUCCAGGGAAAAACGUGAAUGAGAACAAAGACAACAAAAUGUCAUUCCUAACUCAAUUCAGCAUUUGGCAAGAAAGACUGUAGGACUAGGGUGGGGGUAACUCAGAGAGAUAAAAGGCACAUAUUUCCAAAUGAUUCUGACCAUGAAUCUGCAAAGAACUUUCCAGGCUGGACAGGACUUUUAGUCAAUCUAGUGUGUGAUCCUCCUCCCUGUGGCAGGAGAUGUCUUUCAGGAAAAUAGCUUGCAGUAGAAUGGCUGAUGCUUUAAGCAGAAAAUCAUUUGCUUAUCAUUAUUUUUAAAUAAGUAUGCCACUGCGUAUGAAUUUUUUCUUUAUAGAAUUAUUCAGCCCCUCUCAAAAUUUACCUACCUGUUUUGUGUUUUUGAGUAACAAAUUCAUUAGGCUGUGAGUAUUAGGUAAGUUCCCCAAACAAUGGCAGCUCCUGCUGCUGUAUAGGAAAAAUCUGCUAUCUUUACUGAGUUGGCUUUUACUCUGAAGAUGGGUUGAAGACACAGGCUUCUGCAGACAAAGCCUUCACUAAAUACCUACAGAGAUAGCAUCAAAGGGCAGCAACUAGGAGACCAAGCUCAUGCUUUCCCUCAUUUUUCAUUAUAUACUUGUCAUUGCUAUCUUCCUUCCAUCCCUCUCUCUCGGCAUCUCUUUUUCUUUAUUUCUCCUUUCUUACCCUAUUUUUGCCCAAUAACUUCAGUACUCUUUUCCCCUGUUCUUGGUCUUGGUUUUGGUAGUUAAGUAUCUUUUUUUUAUUAUUUAUUUGACAGAUAGAAUUAGACAGUGAGAGAGAGACAGAGAGAAAGGUCUUCCUUCCGUUGGUUCACCCCCCAAAUGGCCGCUACAGCUGGAGCUACGCCAAUCCGAAGCCAGGAGCCAAGUGCUUCUCCUGGUCUCCCAUGCGAGUGCAGGGCCCAAACACUUGGGCCAUCCUCCACUGCCUUCCUGGGCCACAGCAGAGAGCUGGAUUGGAAGAGGAGCAAUAAGGACUAGAACCGGCACCCAUAUGGGAUGCUGGCACCGCAAGCGGAUGAUUAACCAAGUGAGCCACGGCACUGGCCCCAAAACUGAGCUGUUCCUUCGUGUAAAGGAUAUCAGUCACUUCUUAAUGCAAGAUAUUGCCUUCUUGUCUGGUGGCCGGGGGAAGGAUAAUGCUUGGAUCAUUACAUUUCCAGAAAACUGUAAUUUCAGGUGUAUACCAGAACAUGUAAUAGCAAAAGUACUCACUUACCUGAUAACCAUUGCAAGACAAAAUGGGUCUGACUCCCGGUUUACCGUUAUUCUAGAUCGAAGAUUGGAUACAUGGUUUUCUCUCAAAAUUUCUCUUCAAAAAAUUGCUGCUUCCUUCCCUGGGAACUUGCAUUUGGUUUUGGUUUUACGUCCUACCAGUUUUCUUCAACGAACUUUCACAGACAUUGGAUUUCGAUUUAGUCAGGAGGAUUUCAUGCUCAAAUUACCGGUUGUUAUGCUGAGCUCAGUUAGUGAUUUGCUGGCAUACAUUGAUGACAAGCAGUUAACCCCUGAGUUAGGCGGCACCUUGCAGUACUGCCACAGUGAAUGGAUCAUCUUCAGAAAUGCUAUAGAAAAUUUUGCUCUCACAGUGAAAGAAAUGGCUCAGAUAUUACAGUCCUUUGGAACUGAACUGGCUGAGACUGAACUACCAGGUGAUAUUCCUUCAAUAGAAGAAAUUCUGGCAAUUCGUGCUGAAAGGUAUCAUCUGUUGAAGAAUAAUCUUACAGCUGUGACCAAAGAAGGAAAAAUUCUGCUAACAAAUCUGGAAGUGCCUAGAGAAGCCGUCAGUUCAAGUCUUGAACGUCAUCAGCAAAUAAAUGGUGACUGGCAAACUGUUAAUAAAUCUAGGUGCAUGCCUCCAAGACAGAUGGUUGGUUUUAAGGAAUUCUUUGACUUUUAUUUGUUAAGACUGUUGGCUCAAGUACAUGAUAUGGAAAUAGCUUUUGAUGGAUUUUGGGAAAAACAUCAAUUAAAGAUGGAGCAGUAUCUGCAACUAUGGAAAUUUGAGCAAGAUUUUCAAGAGCUUGUGACUAAAGUUGAAUUUCUACUGAACCAACAAGCAGAGCUGGCUGAUGUAACAGGGAAUAUAGCUCAAAUAAAACAAAAAAUAAAAAUAUUGGAAAAUUUAGAUGAAAAUUCUCAGGAUCUAUUAGCAAAGUCCCGGUUUCUGAUACUGCAUGGACACAGGCUUGCAUCAAAUCACCAUUAUGCACUUGAUUUAAUCUGCCAGAGGUGCAAUGAGUUACGUUACCUUUCUGAUAUUUUGAUUAAUGAGAUCAAAGCCAAACGAAUACAGCUCAGCAGGACCUUCAAAAUGCAUAAACUACUACAGCAGGCUCGUCAGUGCUGUGAUGAAGGAGAAUGUCUUCUAGCUAAUCAGGAAAUUGAUAAAUUUCAGUCUAAAGAGGAUGUUCAGAAAGCCAUUCAAGACAUUGAAAAUUUUCUUGAAAUGGCUCUGCCCUUUAUAAAUUAUGAUCCUGAUUCCCUACAGUAUGAGUUUGAUGUAAUUUUAUCUCCUGAACUCAAGGUUCAAAUGCAGACUGUACAACUGAAGCUUGAAAACAUUCGGAGCAUAUUUGAAAACCAACAGGCUGGUUUUAGGAACUUGACAGAUAAACAUGUGAGGCCAAUCCAAUUCAUGGUACCUGCAUCUGAAAAUUUGAUCAGAUCUAGAGCUCCAUUUUUUCCACCUAAACAUGUGGGAAUUGGAUACUCUUUCUUUCAAGCAUGUAAACUUUUUUCAAAAGGGAAGAAGACAUGGAGACAAAAUCAGAGUGACUUAAAAAUUGAAGUGGUGCAUGAUUGUCUGGAGAAGAGAAGUUCUGAUCAGUCCUCCAGUUUGGACAAUGACAAUGGCUUGGAUAUUUUAAAGAAGCACGUCCUAAAUGAGUUGAUACAGACUGAAAGGGUAUAUGUUCGAGAGCUGUUUACUGUUUUGUUGGGCUACAGAGCAGAGAUGGAUAAUCCAGAGAUGUUUGAUCUUAUGCCACCUCUCCUGAGAAAUAAAAAGGACAUUCUCUUUGGAAAUAUGGCAGAGAUCUAUGAAUUCCAUAACAAUGUUUUCAUGAGCAGCCUGGAAAACUGCGCUGAUGCUCCACAAAGAGUGGCAUAUUGUUUCCUGGAAAGGAAGGAUGAUUUUCAGAUAUAUGCAAAAUACUGUCAAAACAAGCCCAGAUCAGAGACAAUUUGGAAGAAGUAUUCAGAAUGUGCCUUUUUCCAGGAAUGUCAAAGAAAAUUAAAACACAGACUUGGUCUGGAUUCCUAUUUACUCAAACCGGUGCAACGAAUCACAAAAUAUCAGUUGUUGUUAAAGGAGCUAUUAAAAUUCAGCAAGGACUGUGAAGGAACUACUCAGUUAAAGGAGGCACUCGACACAAUGUUGGAUUUACUGAAGUCAGUUAAUGAUUCUAUGCAUCAAAUUUCCAUAAAUGGCUAUGUUGGAAACUUAAAUGAGCUGGGCAAGAUGAUAAUGCAAGGUGGAUUCAGUGUUUGGAUAGGACACAAGAAAGGUCCUACAAAAAUGAAGGAUUUUGCUAGAUUCAAACCAAUGCAGCGACAUAUUUUCUUGUAUGAAAAAGCAGUUGUUUUUUGUAAAAGGCGUGUUGAAACUGGAGAAGGGUCUGAUAGAUAUCCAUCCUACAGUUUUAAGCACUGUUUGAAAAUGGAUGAAGUUGGAAUCACUGAGUAUGUAAAAGGUGAUAACCGCAAGUUUGAAAUCUGGUAUGGUGAGAAGGAAGAAAUUUAUAUUGUCCAGGCUCCAAAUGUAGAUGUGAAGAUGUCAUGGUUAAAAGAAAUAAGAAAUAUUUUGUUGAAACAACAGGAACUUGUGACAGCUGAAAAACAAAAGCAACAGAAUCAAUUGAUAGAACAGCAUCAGUUUUCUCCACAGCAGAAUGAAGACGAAAAGCAACAAGGAGCAUUUGCAAAUGCUAAGGAAACUGAAUUGGAACACCCCAGUGCUAUGGUGGAGGUCAGUGAAGCAAUCGUGUCAGUUCAGGCACAACCAAACAAAGUUUGGGCUGAGACAUCAGAAUCUGCAGAAAUCUCUGAGGAGACUGUGGAAUGGUCAAGCAACUUUUUCUACCCUACAUGUGAUGGCAAUGGAGAAGAAGAAAGGCCCCUUAUGAGACACAUGUCAGAGAUGGCUCUCCUAUUUUGAUGAAGCUACUAUGUCAAAUGGCAAGUAGCUCUUUCCUGCCUGCUCCUCAACCCAUGUGGAAAAAAUACUGCUCAAAAGAUGUUCAGCCCAAAUGAUGCUGAUGUUGUUUCCAGGUUAAAUCUUUGGACAUGCAAAGAAUCAACAGCCCAUAAUUAUUUCUUUUCUUUCACUUCUAAAUCAUUUUACUUAUGGUAUUCUUUAUUUUUAAAAUGCUGUAUUCAAUGUGUAAGAUAUUGUGCUGGAAAAUUUCUCGUCUCAGAACAAUUUUGGACUUGAAAAUUAUUUCUUUUCCAUCUACUGUGUAACCACAUGCAAUCAGUGUGCCUUUGAUUAUUUAGCUUAUUAUUAAUUAAGUUAAUAUGGCUGCAAAAUGAUUAAGGUUGAGUAAAGCACAAAAUUAUCAUUUAAUAUGCUUUGAUCGGGCCCAGAGCUUUUGUACCCAUUAUUUUAACCUGUGCAAAGUGAUCCAAAGCCCAGAAAUCCUUUUGGGCGCAUCAGUAAUUUCUUUCAGGGCUAUUGCUUUUGUAUGUGCCGAGGUAAAAUUUUCAUAAGAGUAGUUUACAAAUAAUAGUAUUUAAAAAUUAAUAUUUUCCUGCUGUUUUUCCUAAUUUUAGGCUUUUAAUUCAUGUAACUUAAAUUAGUUGUGCUAUUAUUUUCUGUACAUUUCAUGCUGUAAUUCUCUUUUUUUAAAAUAAAAAUUAAUUCUUCAGGUUAUAUAAACACAUGUUCUGCUUUUUCUUUUCCAUGACAAACUGGAAAGCAGCUGCCUCACUCACAUUUCCCAUUGAAACAGUUAAUUCUUUAUGUAACAGACAGUUAUGCAAGGAGUUUUGCGAUCGCAUUUGUAAUAUAAUUUUUCGAAACAACUUUACAGUCUCCAGGCAAAUAUAAAGCCCUAACAGCAUGCAGGAGGAGAGGCUCAGAAGACCUCCUGAUUAGAAAUGGAGAUGCCAUUCAGCUUCCACUUGAGGAUGCUGAGGGUCAAUGGUAGGUGCGUUUGCAAUGCCGGUAAUGGCCUCUGCUGGGGCACGUGGGUAGCUAUUGAAACGUUUGGCUGUAUCUCUAUCUUUGUUAUAUGGUCUCCAGCAAGCAGAGAUAUCACAGUGAUGGCUUUCAUUUUCAGUGCUUCAGCUGUGCCUGUAUAGCUCACUGAAAGGAAUGUUAGCCUUUCUUGAGUGAAAGAUGCUUUUAGAGAAUGAAACGCUAUGAGUCUGCAUGUUCUUUUGUGGUUUACCUUUGCCUCAGAUGUUUUAGCUGGCACAUCUGGGCUUCACAGUGGCUAUACAUCACAUUCCAUUUGGUCAUUUACAUUACUCAAUAAUCAAAUAUUUAAGGAAUGCCUACUAUGUGUCAGAGACCAUGCUUUGCCACUUUACAACACGGUACAUGGUACACUUCUCUUUAUCAGUUUCAAUAUUGACUUUUCAACUUUGUCAUUCUAUACUUAGGCAUUUUACUUAGCAUAACACUGAUUGCAAAGAUAGUUGUGUCAAGUGUACCGUCUAAUUAGAGAAAAACCCAAAGCAGGUAGGGAAUACUGUUUGGAAGGGGACUGAAGUUUCCAUCAUUUUAUUGGAAAUUUAAAAUGAAACAAUUCUGUUUUUAUUUUGUCAAUAACUGGAACUUAAAUUCUAAAAUGACAAUGUACCACAACCCUAAAAGUAGAAGCAUGUACAUGGGGGCCUAAGUUAGUGAUGAAUUCUUAAAACAAUAGCCAUUUAUUUCCAGUCAUGUAAGUCCUUUGUUGGUUACUCAAAGGACUCAAGAACUGCAUCAUGAAGAUCUUUGAGUACAUGCAAUAACUUGGUGAAAAUUUGAGCUGCAAUAUAUCCUAUUUGCUUUUAUUACCUUAAUAUUACAUUUUUGGCUACUAAUUCAUUUAUUAUUUAGGUUGGUGAAAAACUAAACAGAAGAAAAGAAGGACUGA